GGAGGCGAAAAUAGCAUAACAAAAACAUCAAUUACGAAACGCAACGCGAUGCAAGAGGCGCUGUCCGUGACGUUCAGCCUGCCUAGACAUGGUGGAAAUGGAGGACAAGGUGGACAUGGUGGUUGGCUGCUUGUCAUGCUGAUGCUGUUCGUGGCGCUGACUCCACUGCACGCCAAUGAGGAUGGGCACAGCUCAAACAAACGCUACGCCGACCAGAGCGUGCAUGGUUACAUGACUGAGCGCACCUGCUGGUGGAAUGAGGUGUGCAAGGAGGAGUUCCAAAAUCUGUUUCGCUGCAAGUGUCCACAGUAUUCCUAUUGCCGCUCGCCAGGACGCUAUUAUAAUGCGUAUUGUUCUAUGACAGAUACCGGUUAUAUUUGGACUCAACUAGCGUUGGGCACCGUUGAGCGCUGAGUGCGUGACGUCAAACAUAUCAUCACAGUUAAAUUACCAACAACAGCAACAAGAACAACAAUAACAAUAACAAUAACAUAAACCAGCACCAACGGCAGCUACACUGACUGCUGAUAGUAUGCAACCAUUUCAUAAGUGGCCUACAACAAAUAUUCUAAAAUGGCAGCUAAGCCAUCAUACUCAUUGGUUACAAAUAUUAGCAAAAAAUUAAAACAAAUUUAUUUGUACUUCUGAAUUUAUCGGCAUUUAAAUAUCGGCAAUUAGCUAAAGCUAUUUGCGCAGUAUUAAGUAUCGAUAUAUUCUAGGCACUCGCAUAUACUUAGGGCACAUACAUACUUGCACGCCUGUCUGUGUGAGUUUGUUCUUUAUGGGAUCUUGUGUUAUCGAUUUGUGUACAACAAUAAAAUUA